CAGGAGGCGGAGGAGAAGGACCAGGCAGCGGCGGCGACGGGGGGAGGAGGGGAGGAGGCGGCGGAGCAGGAGGAGGAGAAGGCGGAGGAGGCGGUAGCUCUCCGCGGGGCUGAGCCGGACGCGUCUUCUUGCCCCCUCCCCCCGGUUCGCCGCUGCCGCCGUGUAGUUGGCGCCGCUGCCCGGGCUGAGAGUGAGCGUGGUGUCGGCGGAGGGAGAUGGCCCGGGAACGCCGGCGCCACUAACGGGGAGGUGCUGAGAGUCGCCGAGGGCGCGCCGGGCCCUGGUGCCGGUGCUGCCGCCCGCCCGCCGCCUGCGCGCCCGCCCGCCCGCCUCUCGCGGCCGCUCUCCCCCUCCCCCGACACACACUCACAGGCCGGGCAUUGAUGGUAAUGUAUGCGAGGAAACAGCAGAGACUCAGUGAUGGCUGUCACGACCGGAGGGGGGACUCGCAGCCUUACCAGGGGGGUGAUGUUUUACAGGCACUUAAGUAUUCAUCGAAGAGUCACCCCAGUAGUGGUGAUCACAGACAUGAAAAAAUGCGAGACGCCGCAGAUCCUUCACCACCAAAUAAAAUGUUGCGGAGAUCUGAUAGUCCUGAAAACAAAUAUAGUGACAGCACAGGUCACAGUAAGGCCAAAAAUGUGCAUAUUCACAGAGUUAGAGAGAGGGAUGGUGGGACCAGUUACUCUCCACAAGAAAAUUCACACAACCACAGUGCUCUUCAUAGUUCAAAUUCACAUUCUUCUAAUCCAAGCAAUAAUCCAAGCAAAACUUCAGACACACCUUAUGAUUCUGCAGAUGACUGGUCUGAGCAUAUUAGCUCUUCUGGGAAAAAAUACUACUACAAUUGUCGAACAGAAGUUUCACAAUGGGAAAAACCAAAAGAGUGGCUUGAAAGAGAACAGAGACAAAAAGAAGCAAACAAGAUGGCAGUUAAUAGCUUCCCAAAAGAUAGGGAUUACAGAAGGGAGGUGAUGCAAGCAACAGCCACUAGUGGGUUUGCCAGUGGAAUGGAAGACAAGCAUUCCAGUGAUGCCAGUAGUUUGCUCCCACAGAAUAUUUUGUCUCAAACAAGCAGACACAAUGACAGAGACUACAGACUGCCAAGAGCAGAGACUCACAGUAGUUCUACGCCAGUACAGCACCCCAUCAAACCAGUGGUUCAUCCAACUGCUACCCCAAGCACUCUUCCUUCUAGUCCAUUUACGCUACAGUCUGAUCACCAGCCAAAGAAAUCAUUUGAUGCUAAUGGAGCAUCUACUUUAUCAAAACUGCCUACACCCACAUCUUCUGUCCCUGCACAGAAAACAGAAAGAAAAGAGUCUACGCCAGGAGACAAAUCUGUAUCACAUUCUUGCACAACUCCUUCCACAUCUUCUGCCUCUGGACUGAAUCCCACGUCUGCACCUCCAACAUCAGCUUCAGCAAUCCCAGUUUCUCCUGUUCCACAGUCCCCAAUACCUCCAUUACUCCAGGACCCAAACCUUCUUAGACAGUUGCUUCCUGCUUUGCAAGCCACACUGCAACUUAAUAAUUCUAAUGUGGACAUAUCCAAAAUAAAUGAAGUUCUUACAGCAGCUGUGACACAAGCCUCAUUGCAGUCUAUAAUUCAUAAGUUUCUUACUGCUGGACCAUCUGCUUUCAACAUAACUUCUUUGAUUUCUCAAGCUGCUCAGCUCUCUACACAAGCCCAGCCAUCUAAUCAGUCUCCAAUGUCUUUAACUUCUGAUGCAUCAUCCCCAAGAUCGUAUGUGUCUCCAAGAAUAAGCACACCUCAAACUAACACAGUCCCUAUCAAACCUUUGAUUAGUACUCCUCCUGUUUCAUCACAGCCAAAGGUUAGUACUCCAGUAGUUAAGCAAGGACCGGUUUCACAAUCGGCCACACAGCAGCCUGUAACUGCUGACAAGCAGCAAGGUCAUGAACCUGUCUCUCCUCGAAGUCUUCAGCGCUCAAAUAGCCAGAGAAGUCCAUCACCUGGUCCAAAUCAUACUUCUAGUAGUAAUGCAUCAAAUGCAACAGUUGUACCACAGAAUUCAUCUGCUCGACCUACAUGUUCAUUAACACCUACACUAGCAGCACACUUCAAUGAAAAUCUCAUAAAACAUGUUCAAGGAUGGCCUGCAGAUCAUGCAGAGAAGCAGGCAUCAAGAUUGCGAGAAGAAGCCCAUAAUAUGGGAAGUGUUCACAUGUCAGAAAUUUGUACUGAAUUAAAAAAUUUAAGAUCUUUAGUCCGAGUAUGUGAAAUUCAAGCAACUUUGCGAGAGCAAAGGAUACUAUUUUUGAGACAACAAAUUAAGGAACUCGAAAAGCUAAAAAAUCAGAAUUCCUUCAUGGUGUGAAGAUGUGAAUAAUUGCACAUGGUUUUGCGUACAGGAACUGUAAAUCUCUAUUGCCCGAUCUUAACAUUUUUGAGCUGCAUUUAAGUAGACUUUGGACCGUUAAGCUGGGCAAAGGAAAUGACAAGGGGAUGGGGUCUGUGAGAGUCAAUUCAGGGGAAAGAUACAAGAUUGAUUUGUAAAACCCUUGAAAUGUAGAUUUCUUGUAGAUGUAUUCUUCACGUUGUAAAUAUGUUUUGUAGAGUGAAGCCAUGGGAAGCCAUGUGUAACAGAGCUUAGACAUCCAAAACUAAUCAAUGCUGAGGUGGCUAAAUACCUAGCCUUUUACAUGUAAACCUGUCUGCAAAAUUAGCUUUUUUAAAAAAAAUUUGGGGGGUUAAUUUAUCAUUCAGAAAUCUUGCAUUUUCAAAAAUUCAGUGCAAGCGCCAGGCGAUCUGUGUCUAAGGAUACGAUUUUGAACCAUAUGGGCAGUGUACAAAAUAUCAUGAAACAACUGUUUCCACACUUGCACCUGAUCAAGAGCAGUGCUUCUCCAUUUGUUUUGCAGAGAAAUGUUUUUCAUUUCCUCAGUGUGUUCCAUUUCCCUCUGAAAUCCUCGAUCUGAUUUUAUCCAUUUUUUUUAAGGCUCCUCUUUUUCUCCUUUCUUAAGGCACUGUUGCUAUGGCACUUUUCUAUAACCUUUUCAUUCCCGUGUACAGUAGCUUAAAAUUGCAGUGAUUGAGCAUAACCCACUUGUUUGUAUAAAUUAUUGAAAUCCAUUUGCACCCUGUAAGAAUGGACUUAAAAGUACUGCUGGGCAUGUGUGCUGAAAGUACAUUGAUUGCUCAACUAGAAAGAAACGGCCCAAUGAACAUGGUUGUGGGAGGGGAAAGAGGAAACAGAGCUAGUCAGAUGUGAAUUGUAUCUGUUGUAAUAAACAUGUUAAAACAAACAAAAAUUGUUAUUUUUCUUUUCCUUCGGUCAAUGCAUAUUAGAAAUUGAACUACCUGGGGAUUCUUUAUCAGAACUAUUCUUGUUGAAUAUUUAUACUUAAUUGAAAUAAUUCCUUAAGGGAGGUUUUGUUUAAAGCAUAUUAACAGGAAAUUGUGUAUAAGAUAUUUAAUGAACUAAGAAAUUCAACAAGAAUGAUUAAGUCACUUCCCAAGUGGUUGUCAUUUGUUAUAAACCCUGGUUUAACCUGUCUUGCUAUUAUGACAUUUCAUUUUGAAGGAUGUUUGUGUUGUAGCUAACUGUUCAAGUCUGGUGCUGACUGCUGUUCUUAGCCAUCACAAAACGCUAAAUUUGUGUCAUUGGAGCUUCCUUCUGUUACCUGGAAAUGGUGGGAAAGCUCAGCUUUGUAUAUUGUUUCCUAAAGUAUAUUAAAAUAAAAAAAGAAACUAUUGCUACUAUAAAAUUA